UUCAAAUAAUAUAUCUACUCAAACAAGGCAUAGAAAGAAAGAAAAAAAUCUUCAAAAUUCUUUUCCAAUUUCAAAUAGUACAUCUAAUAAUAUUUUGAAUAAUCAAAUAAAUAUUGAAAGUAUGGAGGAUAUUGAGAAAAAUAUUGAACAAAAGUUAGAAAAAAAUAAAUUGAAGGAUGAAUUGGAAGAAAAUGAAUUGGAGGAUGAAUUAAAGGAUGAAUUGGAGAAGGAUAAAUUGAAGGAUGAUGAAUUGGAAGAGAAUGAAUUGGAAGAGGAUGAAUUGGAAGAAAAUGAAUUGGAGGAUGAAUUGGAGGAUGAAUUGAAGGAGGAUGAAUUGGAGGAGGAUAAAUUGGAAGAAAAUGAAUUGGAGGAUGAAUUGGAAGAGGAUGAAUUGGAAGAGAAUAAAUUGAAGAAUAAAUUGGAGGAGAAUAAAUUGGAGAAGGAUGAAUUGAAAGAGAAUGAAUUGGAGGAUGAAUUGGAAAAGAAUGAAUUGGAGGAAGAGGAUAAAUUAGAAGAG